AUGUACCGUUUCUGUGCAUACCACACCGUCUUUGAUUCCGAGUCGAACCCACAGUCGAUGGACCUGAAUGACGCGUUUGCAGCGACGACCGAUACCAACCGGCCGAUCUUUACAAAGGUGUUUGGCGAUACGACGACGUGGCAGACCAAGGUGGGGACCAUUACCUUUUCGUUUGUCUUUGAUCCCAAGGCAAACUACGAAAAGUCAGCCAUCAUGGCGUCGGCGUGGAGCGAUCCUGUGGAAGAGUUCAAGAAGGAGCUGCAGCGGCAUCUACUGAGCGACGAGGACUUUGCGCCCAUGGCGUCGGAGCAAGAGGUGGUGUGGGAGUACAUCAAGGCCAACGUGCCGGCCGAGCUGCUUGUCAAGCACGUGGCGUCGAUCGACGAGUACAUGACCAUGCUCGAGGCCCGCGCCAAGAAGGAGUACCACGAGCUCGUCGCCUUUACCGACGCCCUCAAGACCCGUGCCUUUGACUUUGCUGUCCAAGUCGCCAUCGACGCGUACCCGGUGCCCAAGGAGAAGCGCCGCGGCUCGGGCCGCAAGUCGCCGGCUGUCGAGGAGAACGGCGGCCCGCGUGGCGUCUGCAUUCUGCACGUCCAGCACGAGCUCCGCGACGAGAGCGAGGCGGCGUCUAGAGGCGGCCCGUCGGCCAUGACCCUCGCUCCGCCGUCGGCGGCUGCCGGCGACGAGACAUCAUCGCCACGCCUCCGUGAGCGCUCGCUCUCCAACGCCUCGCAGGAAUCGGCAGACUUUGCAUCGACCAACCUCGGCGCAUCGCUCGAGCUCGGCGACGCCGUCGCCCUGCGGACCGCCAAAAAGUUCCCGCGCGACGCCGCAGACUUCUUUGCCCAGGUCGAGGCUUGGCUGCAGGCGACUAUCAAGAAGCGCACCCAGGAGCUUGUCGAGGCUGCGUCCAUGUCGUCGACACUGUACAACUGA